UAUAUACGGCUGUUUGGAAGAACUGGUGGCAUGCGCCAUUUUCCAUGGUCAAGAUGCAUAUGCUCCUAUGUGUGACUUUCUUCAUCCUCCAUCUCUCGUCCCUCAUGCUGGUGACCUCGUCCCCCUCAAGUUCUCUCCAUUACAAGUCUAUUUUUAGCUUCGGCGACUCCUUAGCCGACACCGGCAACGGUCCUGUCAUCUUCGAGCGGUUGUCCAUCUUCAACCCCGUCACACGACAUCCCUACGGCAGCACCUUCUUUGGCCGCCCCAGUGGCCGAGACUGUGAUGGCCGGCUCAUCAUCGACUUCAUUGCUGAAAACCUGGGCUUGCCAUAUGUGCCCGCCACCCAGGCGCACAACGGUAGCUUCCAUCAAGGUGCCAACUUCGCCGUUGCCGCCGCCACCACUCUGGACGCCGAGUUCUACCACGAGAGGGACAUUCCCGGUGCACCCAGCAAGUUCCCCCUCAACACCAGCUUAGAAGUGCAGCUUGCGUGGUUCGAGUCCAUGAAGCCAUACUUGUGCCCCACAGAGCGAGAGUGCAAGGAAUUCUUUGCUAGUUCCCUCUUCUUCGUGGGCGAGUUCGGAGUCAACGACUAUCACUUCUCUUUCCAAAAGAAAACGGUACAAGAAGUCAGGUCCUUCGUUCCAGAUAUCGUGGCAACUCUCUCCAUGGCCAUCGAGCGACUGAUCACCAAGCAUGGUGUGCGGAGCUUGGUGGUUCCCGGUGUGAUCCCAUCGGGAUGUUCACCGCCGAUUCUGACCAAGUUCGCCGAUGACUCACCAGCAGCAUACGACUCCAAAACUGGUUGUCUGAAAGCUUACAACGAGGUGGGGAUGCACCACAACUCGCUGCUGCAGGCUGCCUUGUCCAAACUCCAGGCCAAGCACCGGAAUGUCAGGAUCAUCUACGCUGAUUACUUCGGCCCAGUCAUGGAAAUGGUGCAGUCGCCUCACAAGUUUGGUUUUGAAGAUGUACUUUCUGUGUGCUGUGGAGGACCUGGAAGGUACAUGUACAAUGCGUCGGUUCGAUGUGGCGAUGCAGCUGCAAUAACAUGCGUUGAUCCGUCUGCUCGUCUGUACUGGGCUGGCGUUCAUCUUACCGAGGUGGCUAACAGAUACAUCGCAAGCCGCUGGAUGGGCAAGAUUAACUCACUAGCAAGACCCAGCAGCAAGGGUGCAAAGUGAUGGCCUCGCGAGAAAGUAGGGACGAGGCAACUUCAGUGAACGGGCAGCCACGAGGAUACCUUGUUUAUCAUGAAAUGAUGAAAUACAAGCCCAUCGACAAUGCGUGUGUCAUAUCUGUAUGUGUCUGAUCAGUUGUAUUGUUCUUCAAAAUCAUUAAAAACCUGAUACAUUGUCAAGUAUAUAUGGAAGUUAUGACAUCUGUCGAAGGAUAC